AUGCUUGAAACUAACAAAGCAUAAUAUCCGCAUUUAUUAUUGUAGGAUUGCUUAGAAGAAGUUAAAGGAUUUUUAUGUACUGGGGGAUUUACUCAUAAAAUAAAUAUUUUAUAAGUUUGCAAAAACAUAUUCUAGUAGUCUGUUAGAAAAGAUAAAUAGAACUAGAAUAAAUUAGAUGAAUUGGAUUUGUAAGAAGCUCGAAAUAGUUUACUUUAAAUUUAAACUUAUCUUGAUAAAAAUGAGAAAUACUAUCCGCUAAAAGAUAUAAUUUUCUUGAUUUCUUUGCUUAAAGAGCAUUAAAUGUUUGGUUAUUUAAAGGAUUCAAGUACAGAUGAUACUGUUUCUUUUUAAAAACAUAAUAGUUUUCAAUUUUUAUAAGAAUAAAUGAGUGAUUAAGCAAAUUCUUAAAGUAUCUAGCAUUCUGAUUUAAUCCAAAUAAUUUAGCUUUCUUAAUUAAAUGUUGAUAGUUAUUAUUCAUAAGCAAAUGAAAAAGCUUUAAAAGAUCUAAAUUUAAUUAAUCUAUAUUUAAAUGAGCUUAUUCUGAAGAUUGAAUAAAAUAAUUUGAAUACAAUUUAUUUAUUUUUAUUAAUAGAAAUUGGUUAUUUCUUAAAUGAAAUAGAAUAAAAUAAAUAAAGUGGAGAAGAAGAAGAAUUUUGUAAUAUUUUUACUCAAACAAAAAUCAUAAAAGUAAUUGAACUCUUAAUAAAUCAAUCAAAUAAUAUUGAUUAGAAUACUUCUAAUCUUGAUGCUAUUAGUAUUCAAAAAUUCUUAACAUUUCAAUUUUUACUAAAAGUGAACACAAUUUUAACUAAAAAGUAUUUUAAUGAUUAAAAGCUUAAUGAUUAGAUAUCUGCAUAUCUUUUACACUAUUUUUUACAGGAGAAAGAUGAUUCAGUAAAAAUCAUAUUUUUCCAAGAUUUUCUUUUCAUUUAUAAAAUUGAAAAUUUAACUAUUGAGAAUAAGUUUGCAGAAUUAUAUAGAGAAUUUUAAUAAAAUUUAGGAAAAAUAUUCCAAACAAAUGAAACUUCAAAGGAUUAAAAUAGUAGCUAAGUGAGCGGAUAUGUUGAUAUUCUAAGGUAAAACCAAAUUUAAGAAGCCAUAAAAAAUGAACUCCUUAAAUAUUGGGAAACAACAAUGAUAAAAACACUAUUAUAACAAAAAGAGUUUAGGGAUGAAACAAUUUUAGAAAUUGAGGAGUUUUAUAUUGACUAAAAAAUUAAUUAUUUGGAAGGAAAUAAUCUUUUGGAAAUGAAAGAUGAUUAAAUAAAUAAUUAACAGAUAGCAACUGCAAUUGAUGAAAUUAUUCAAUAUUUCAUUUUACCAAAUACUGUGCAAACUAAUGAAAAGACUAAUUGCAAAAUUUUAAGUAUUUUAGCAGAUAGUGGUACUGGAAAGUCUAUUUUACUUAAAAAAUUAGAGACAAUAAUUAUUGAAGAGAAAAUGAUUCAGGACAAAAAAAAUAAUCAAUUACAUCAUGUAAUUCCUUUGCUAAUUAAAUGUAAAAGUCUUGAAUUGAGCAAUCCAUAUAUCGAAAGUUAUUUGCUGGUCUAAAAUUAUAGCUAAUAGCUUAUUAAAGCUAUAAAAGAAUCUAAUAGAUUAAAAGUAAUUCUUCUUGACGGAUACGAUGAGUUUUCAGGAAACAAUUUUAAUGUUUAUAGUACUCUAAACUUAAAAUAAUGGUAAAACACUAUUAUUAUUGUUACUUCUAGAAAAGAGGAAUUUAAAGAAGGUGAUGCAUGUUAAUAUUUUAGUAUUGAAGAAAGAGGAGAAAGAGAUGAAUCACUUUUUGCAAUUUUUAAUUUAGAAGAAUUCUAAAUACAAUAAAUAAGAGAGUAUUGUAAAAAUUAUUUUUCUUUAUAUAGAAAAAAUUGUGAGAAAGAAUAAUAAGAAAAGUUAGUUUAAAGUGACUUGUUUAUGAUGAAUAAAUUGUUAGAAAACAAUUAAAUAUUAUAAUAACUAUUUUUACCAUUAAAUUUAUAUAUAAUAACCAGGCACAUAGUUUCAAUUUAAUCUGAAACAGAAUUAAAUGAGUUCUUUUAAAGUUAAAUCACAAAUUAAAUACAAAUUUAAGAGAUUUUUUUCAGAGCAUAAUUUAGCAGAGAAGCUGAUAAAUAUGUUUCUUAGGAAAUUUCAGAAACUGCUCUUAACUCAUCUUCUGAUCAUUAAAAAUUAAAAGGGAUGAUAACCUUAGCUUACUUUUAAUAUUUUGAGCAAAUGGCUUUGCAAAUGUUUUUGAAAAAAGGGUUUUCUGUAAAUUAUCUUUAAGUUAAAAGAAAUGAAAUACCAUUUUUUUAAAAAGAAGACCUAAAAGGGCUUCUCUCAAUAGAUUAGCAGUUUUUAUUGGAAGAAAACAUAAGAAAAUACAUAAAUUCUAAAAUAAUUACUAAAAUUAUAGAUAAAGGAUUUGCAGAAAAGGAUCUACUUCAAAUAAUCUAAAUAUGGAACAAAAUUAAUUUUAGUUUGAUCAAUACCCAGCUGAUUGAGUUCAAGCACAAGUCGUUAUUUGAGUAUUUUACAGCAAGGGCGAUGAAGUCAGACUUUGACAUUUUAGGUGAAGAUAUUUUCAAAACAGACAUUAAAGUAUUACAAAGAUUUAAUAUAAAUAAAAAGAUUAUUAUGAGCUUUAAAAAAAAUUAAUCAGAAAAAUAAAUUUUAAUAAAAUUAUUUGAAAUGCUAAAUCCAGAAAUAAAAUCUUAACAAUUCAAAAAUAAUUACAACGAAGAAGAUAUUUCUAAAACAAACAGAUAUAUAUAAUUUUUAAGAAGAUCUACUAUAAAUAGUUAACAAGAACUUAGUAUUUUAGACAUAGGAGCCUCGAAUUUACUUUCUGCUCUCUUUAUGUCAAACUUUGCCUUUUCUGAAUUGAAUUUUAAAAAAUGCUCAUUUUCCAAAGCAUAUAUUCCAAAGUCGAAAAGUUUAACACUUAACUUCGAUUAAUGCAAUUUAAGCGAUGCUUACUUAUUAGAAUAAAAUUUAACUAGUUUCGAGGCUUCAAACACUUAAAAUUCUUCUUUUGGCUAAUUGAGAAUAGAUUUCUAAACAAAUAUUAUGUGUUCCAUAAAUUAGAUUAUUUCUUUUAAGAAUAAAUUUAUAGCUUGUACGAAUUCAGGUUAUUUAUAAAUCAUUUCAGCUAGUAGUUAAGGUUUAUAGAUAGACGUAUAAAAAAAAAUAUCAUGUAAUUCUUUAGAUACUUUAAACCUAGUAGAUGGCAAAAUAAUUGCUUCUGGUUAACAAACACUGUUUGAUAUUAAUUAAGAGAAUUUUGAAAUUAAUUCAACAUUAAAAUUUAAAACAAAAAUAUUAAAGCUUGAAGUAAAUAAACAUCUACCAAAUUUUUUGGUCUAACUUUUUAACGAAGAUAAUAAAUGGCUCUUUGGAAAUGUUUCAAAUGGGUUUUAAUAAAUAAAAAUUCUAGGAAUAAACCCUAUACUUACAAAGAAUUAUAUAAUUAUUUACUCAGGAAAUUAAUUGCUUUUUCAAAAAAAUUGUAAUUAAUUUGAUUUAGUUACUUCAAUUUAAGCAGAUGAUUUUUCUUUAAGGAAAUUGGAAAAUAAUUUUGAAAUAAUAUUCCAAAGUAAGAAGGAAGAUGAUCCAAUCAAAUUAUUUAAAUUUUCAAAUGAUAGUAAGGUUUUGGAAGAUAACAAGAUAAAAAUAUAAAAUUAUUUGAUGUUUAAUGAUAAUUUGAAUUAGUUGAAGAAUGGGUGUCACAUAAUUGUAAUAUUGAUUUCUCGAGUGAUGGAAAAUAUUUUACAAAUUGUAUAAAUAUAAAUUAACUUCUCUCCUGACAAUAGUGUUCUACUAGUUCUUUUAGAUGAUAUUUCUUUCUCAGUUUAUGAUGCAUAAAAUAGUUUUAAUUUGAUAGAAACCUAAGAUAAGUUUAAGGUUUUAUCAUUUGCAUUCUCUUCUAGUGUAAGAGUAAUAGAUAUACCUCAUGAAGAAGAGGAAUAUGAUGAGGAUGAAUAAGAGUAAUACGAUGAGGAUGAAGAUAUUGAAAUCUUAUUAGGACAAACUGCAAUUUUAGAAUUUAUGUUAUUUUCUAAAAAUGACUCAUAUUUUGCUGCUUAUUGCUCUAAUUAUUCAAUUAAUAUUUGGGAUCUAAAAAAUGAUUUCUCACUUAUUAGAACCUUAAGUCAUUCAUAUCGUUCUUCCUUAACUAUUUCACCUGAUGAGAUUAACAUAGCCCUAUUGGAUUGUGAUUGGACUCAUGGAGGAGAACAUUGUAAAAUACUUAAUUUAUAAAAGGAUUUAGAGCUAUCACAUAUUCUAAAAUUAGUCAAAGAAUGUGAAGAUGAUGAUGUAAAAUAUGUUUGCUAUUCUCCAAAUGGUAGAUAUUUAAUCGUUGCCAAAGUGUUUAAGAUAUUUUUGUAUUCGGUAGAAAAAAAUUAUGAAACUAUAUCUAUAAUGAAUUUCAAAGUUGAAAAUAUGGUAUUUUCGGCAGACAGCCAAUACUUAGUUGCUAGAGAAAACUAUUAUUUUUAUAAAUUUUUGAAUUUAGAUAUAAUUUACGAAAGAGUUGAUGAAAUUAAAAAGAUUAGCUACAUUUUUAAUGGGUUUUAGACUUGCUUUUCUCCAUGUGGAAAAUAUUUAGUAAAAUCAGGAAAUAUCAAUGGCUGCGUGGUGUAUGACAUAAAAAAUAACUUUGAAUCUAUGAAAAUAAUAUAACUGCAAGCAAAAACUGAGCUUAGUACAUUUUGUGUAGCUUACUCGCCUGAUAGUAAAUAUCUAGCUACAGGUUAUGCUGACGGUUUUAAAAUUUGGGAAAUUGAAUAAGAUUUUGAUUUGAUUCAACAGAUAAAUACAGGAUAUUCUACAGAUAAUUAUGUUUCAGAUAUAAAAUUUUCCUAAAAUGGUAAAUAUAUUGCAGUUACUGUGUUGUAUAGUGGUCUAUAUAUAUUUGAAGGUAAAUUUGGUUUUAAUUAGCUGCAUAAAAUUUAAAAAGAAAAAAGCUAUGAAUAUAAAUCUAUUAUGUUUUCUUCUGAUAAUACAUACUUAGCUUUGUAAGUAUUUGCAAAGGUAUAUAUCUACAAUAUAAAAAACAAUUUUGAAAUGAUAGCUCAGUUUGAUUCGAACAGCUCUUUUUUUUCACCAAAUAGUAGUGAAUUCUAUACUCUAUCAAACCAUAUAAAUAUUUUUAAUAUCAAAUAAUAAUUUGAAAAAAUAAAAGAAAUUUAGGUAGAAAAAGAAAUAAAAAUUAUAUCUUGCUCCUAAGAUGCAAAAUAUUUAAUAACAAUAGAUAAUGAAUAUUUAAAUUUGCAUCACAUUCAAAAUGGCUUUGAGUUAACUAAAUCUAUUUUUAUAGGUAACGUUAAUUACAUAGACAUCUCUAAAGAUAAUAAAUAUAUAGCUAUUAUAUCAAAAAACCACUUAAAAAUUUUUACUUACUGUGAUUUUAACAAUUUAUAUGUUUUAUGA